AUGGAUUCUGAAUAAGGAAAUAAAGAAAUAGAAGAAAAAAUUAUUAUUAGAAAACCUCCUUGCAAUUGCUCUAUUUUACAUAAACUUUAUAACACAGGUUGAAUUUUAUAAUUAAAUUUAAAGUUAAUACAGCAUAUAAAUUAGGUCAAUUAAAAUUUUAAUAAAACGAUGGAACUUCUUCAUUUUAUACUUGUACAAAAAAUAAAGAAUGA